AUGGCUGCCCUCAACAAGAUCGCGCACAACUCCUCGUCGAGGCAGAACCCCUCCGAGCUGGAGACCGCGUUGGCCAACGCUCUCUAUGACCUGGAGAGCAACACCACGGACCUGAAGGCUUCCCUCAGGCCCCUGCAGUUCGUCUCUGCUCGCGAGAUCGAGGUCGGCCACGGCAAGAAGGCCAUCGCCAUCUUCGUCCCCGUCCCUCUCCUCCAGGGCUUCCACAAGAUCCAGCAGCGCCUGACCCGUGAGCUCGAGAAGAAGUUCUCCGACCGCCAGGUCCUCUUCAUUGCUUCGCGCCGCAUCCUGCCCCGUCCCAAGCGCUCCACCACCUCGCGCUCCAAGCUCACCCAGAAGCGUCCUCGCUCUCGCACUCUCACUGCCGUGCACGACGCCAUCCUGACCGACGUUGUCUACCCCGUCGAGAUCGUCGGCAAGCGCGUCCGCACCAAGGAGGACGGCAGCAAGGUCCUCAAGGUCAUCCUCGACGAGAAGGAGCGUGGUGGUGUUGACCACCGCCUCGACGCCUACGGUGAGGUCUACCGAAGACUGACCGGCCGCAACGUCGUUUUCGAGUUCCCCCAGAGCAGCGUUGCCGACUACUAG